CGUUUGUCAGAUGACGUGCGGGCCGUGUAACCAGCAAGCUUUAUAUGUAACCAUUUAGACGGAAACAAAUGUAUGUAACACUAGCAAGCUGUAUUGGUUUACCAAUAAGUUGACUGUCUAAUGCUAUUCAUUGCGAAUAAAGUAAAUAAGUGACAGCCCGAAAAAAGCAUCUGUUGCAAGAUAUCCUAACGAAAUGAAGCUCAACAUCGAAGGGUUGUUAGUUUAUUUCCCAUAUGACUACAUUUAUCCAGAACAAUAUUCCUACAUGCUGGAGCUCAAGAGGACCCUGGAUGCCAAAGGACAUGGAGUUCUGGAGAUGCCGUCAGGAACCGGGAAAACAAUCUCUCUUCUAUCGCUGAUCGUUGCUUAUCAGCGGGCAUAUCCCCUCGAAGUCACCAAGCUAAUCUAUUGCUCCCGAACUGUUCCUGAGAUAGAGAAGGUGGUGGAGGAAUUGAGGAAGCUUAUGGAGUACUAUUCCAAGGAGGCAGGAGAGAAGAACAACUUCCUGGCUCUGGCACUUUCCUCUCGGAAAAACCUGUGUGUUCACCCCGAGGUGAGCUCCUUACGCUUUGGAAAGGAAGUGGAUGGGAAAUGUCACAGCCUGACGGCGUCCUACAUCCGCGCUCAACGGCACAGCAACCCAAGCCUGCCUUCGUGCCGCUUUUACGAGGAAUUUGAUGCUCUGGGAAGGCAGGUGCCCCUCCCCGCUGGAGUCUACAAUCUGGAUGAUCUAAAGGACUUUGGGAGGAGAAAAGGCUGGUGCCCCUACUACCUGGCACGCUAUUCGAUCGUUCAUGCCAACAUCAUAGUUUAUAGUUACCACUACCUCCUGGACCCGAAGAUUGCAGAUCUGGUCUCCAAGGAGCUUGCCAAGAAAUCAGUGGUUGUUUUUGAUGAAGCGCAUAACAUUGAUAACGUGUGCAUCGACUCCAUGAGUGUCAACAUCACCAGGAGGACGUUGGAUCGUAGCCAGGCCAACGUGGAGACCCUUCAGAGCACUAUUCUCAAGAUCAAGGAGACUGACGCUGCCAAACUAAAAGAGGAGUACAGACGAUUGGUGGAGGGACUGAAGGAGGCCAACGUUGCCAGGGAGACUGACAUCUACAUGUCCAAUCCCGUGCUGCCGGAUGAGGUCCUUCAAGAGGCUGUUCCGGGCAGUAUCCGCACGGCAGAGCACUUCGUUGGCUUCAUGAAGCGUUUCCUGGAGUACCUGAAGGCGCGGCUGAGGAUUCACCACGUGGUACAGGAGAGCGCUCCCCAGUUCCUCAAGGACAUCUCUGAGAAGGUCUGCAUUGACCGCAAGCCCCUCAGAUUUUGUGCUGAGAGGUUGCGUUCGUUGCUGAGGACACUGGAGAUCGCAGACAUCGCAGACUUCUCGGCCAUAACCCUCAUCUCUAACUUUGCCACUCUGGUCAGCACGUACAGCAAAGGCUUCACCAUCAUCAUCGAACCGUUUGAAGACAGAACACCCACCAUUGCUAACCCCGUUCUCCACUUCAGCUGUAUGGACCCUUCCAUUGCAAUCAAGCCUGUGUUUGAGCGAUUCCAGUCCGUCAUCAUUACAUCAGGGACCCUUUCUCCUUUGGACAUAUACCCCCGAAUCCUGGACUUCCACCCGGUCACCACGGCGUCCUUCACCAUGACACUGGCACGCACCUGCCUUUGCCCUCUGGUGGUGGGGAGGGGGAACGACCAGGUGGCCAUGACCUCGAAGUUUGAGACACGUGAAGAUUUUGCGGUCAUCCGUAACUAUGGCAACCUGCUGCUGGAGAUGUCUGCGAUUGUGCCUGACGGUAUUGUGGCGUUCUUCACCAGCUACAUCUACAUGGAGAAUAUAGUGGCUUCGUGGUAUGAACAGGGCAUCUUGGAGAAUGUCCAGAGGAACAAGCUGAUCUUCAUAGAGACCCCAGACGCUGCAGAGACCAGCAUGGCUCUGGAGAAAUACCAGGAGGCCUGUGAGAACGGCAGAGGGGCCAUUCUGUUGUCUGUGGCCAGGGGGAAAGUGUCCGAGGGGAUCGACUUCGUCCACCACUUUGGCCGUGCGGUGAUCAUGUUCGGAGUGCCUUAUGUCUACACGCAGAGCCGCAUCCUGAAGGCCCGUCUUGAGUACCUGCGGGACCAGUUCCAGAUCAGGGAGAAUGACUUCCUGACCUUCGACGCCAUGCGGCACGCAGCCCAGUGCGUGGGCCGCGCCAUCAGAGGCAAGACGGACUACGGAUUGAUGAUCUUUGCAGACAAGCGCUACGCACGGGCGGACAAGCGAGGUAAGCUGCCUCGGUGGAUCCAGGAGCACCUCACCGACGGCAGCCUCAACCUGACCAUCGACGAGACGGUGCAGCUGUCCAAACACUUCCUGCGCCAGAUGGCCCAGCCCUUCAAACAGGAGGACCAGUUGGGGCUGUCUCUGCUGACCCUGGAGCAGCUACAAUCAGAGGAGAUGCUGCAGAAGAUUGCACAGAUUGCUCACCAGGUCUGAGAGGAAGGGAAACUCUCCAGUCUAUUGGUGAAAGCUACCUCUGUCGUACACACGGACUCUGUUCAAAGUUUCAAUACUGUCUUACUGUACAUAGAACGUGUUUUUAUGAGAACUAAUAUUUUGUUUGUGUGUGCCAGACCAAUAAAAUCUUUACAAUUUGUACUA